UCAGUGGUACAAACGUCAGUCAGUACAGUCUAUGUGUACCAGGCCGUUGGACAACUCCUGUUGAUAAAGUUUUUGUAAUAAUUUACUUAAUUUAAGCGGUUUUAAGAGUGAUUUUGUCAGUUUAGUGUUAAGAUAGUGCUGUGAUAAGGAUUUGACAAUGUAUUCGAAGAUGCCGUUUUCAUUGGAAAACAUACCGAGGCAGAGGAGUUUUGGCUGUCUCUCACUCAAAUUCGGCUGCAUAUUCUCAGGUUUACUCAUAAUACUAUACACAGUGCUAGCACUAGCACAAUGUCUGGCCUCCUUGGACAAGCAGAUCCCGGGCUCCGUCAACAUGGACAACCUGGAGAAUGUGAUGAUGUACAGCUUUGCAGUCGGCGUCAUUGUGGGACACAUCAUCACGCUGAUACUUACUACUAUUAUGAUGGUUGGCGCGUUGAGGGAAAAAGCAUAUCUAAUGAAGCCAUGGGUGGUGUGGACAUCGUGCAACGUGAUGGCCAACAUGCUGCUGAUCGUGUUCUGCACGGUGCUCGUCAUGAUCCCCAGUCACACCGACUCCUCGGAGCUGCUCAUGUACUUCGUAAUCUCCUUCCUUGGAUUAAUAAUCCGUAUCUACAUGCUAAUGCUGGUGACAAGCUACUACAUGGACCUUGAGGAGGAGAAGAUAGAACGCCUGCGCACAUUACUGAACACCGACACUUGGCACAGUACUGCGUAACAUUGCUCUUAAGAUUUUGCUAGGCGCCCCAAAGAUUAAUGAGAAAUUGAUAUGACCUAUCCACUUUACCAUUUUGGUUAUAAUUUUUUUUUAAUUGAUUGUUAUAGUUAAGUACCAAUAUCAAAAGUAUUUUUUGUUUGAUCGAAUUAUAUACAACCAUGUCAUAUUUAAAUUGUGAUAAUAAAGGUUUAGUAGUUUAUACCGACAUCAAAAUUAAACGUAUCCUUUGAGAAUGUUCAUUUCUUAAUUCCUUUUAUUCCAGUAAUGUCUAAGAACAAACAUUGCUUAUUGUAAAUAAUGCUUUUUUGUUAUAAGUGAUUUUUUUAUUAAAGUUUAUUAAUGUAAUUGUAUUGUAAUCCUUGUAAAUAUUCCAACUCAAAGAUUGUGAUAGUAAGUAAUUAAAUUAGUUCGUAAAAAUAAAACAUUAAAAAAAUA